AUGUCCUAUCCGCAGGGCUACUUGUACCAGCCGUCCGCCUCGCUGGCGCUCUACUCGUGCCCGGCGUACAGCACCAGCGUCAUUUCGGGGCCCCGCACGGAUGAGCUCGGCCGCUCUUCUUCGGGCUCCGCGUUCUCGCCUUACGCUGGCUCGACUGCCUUCACGGCGCCCUCGCCGGGCUACAACUCGCACCUCCAGUACGGCGCUGACCCCGCGGCGGCCGCCGCCGCCGCUUUCUCCUCGUACGUGGGCUCUCCCUACGACCACACACCCGGCAUGGCGGGCUCCUUGGGGUACCAUCCUUACGCGGCGCCCCUGGGAUCGUACCCUUACGGGGACCCAGCGUACCGGAAGAACGCCACAAGGGACGCCACGGCUACGCUCAAGGCCUGGCUCAACGAGCACCGCAAGAACCCCUACCCCACCAAGGGCGAGAAGAUCAUGCUGGCCAUCAUCACCAAGAUGACCCUCACCCAGGUGUCCACCUGGUUCGCCAACGCGCGCCGGCGCCUCAAGAAAGAGAAUAAAAUGACAUGGACGCCGCGGAACCGCAGCGAGGACGAGGAAGAGGAGGAGAACAUAGACCUGGAGAAGAACGACGAGGACGAGCCCCAGAAGCCCGAGGACAAGGGCGACCCCGAGGGCCCCGAAGCAGGAGGAGCUGAGCAGAAGGCGGCUUCGGGCUGCGAACGGCUUCAGGGACCACCCACCCCUGCAGGCAAGGAGACGGAGGGCAGCCUCAGCGACUCGGAUUUUAAGGAGCCGCCCUCGGAGGGCCUCCUCGAAGCGCUGCAGGGCCCCCCCCGCACCGGCGGGCCCUCCCCGGCUGGGCCAGCGGCGGCGCGGCUGGCGGAGGACCCGGCCCCUCACUACCCCGCCGGAGCGCCGGCGCCCGGCCCGCAUCCAGCCGCGGGAGAGCUGCCCCCGGGUCCCAGCGGGCCCUCGGUUAUCCAUUCGCCGCCUCCGCCGCCGCCUCCUGCGGUGCUCGCCAAGCCCAAACUGUGGUCUUUGGCAGAGAUCGCCACAUCCUCGGACAAGGUCAAGGACGGGGGCGGCGGGAGCGAGGGCUCUCCAUGCCCACCGUGUCCCGGGCCCAUAGCCGGGCAAGCCCUAGGAGGCAGCCGUGCGUCGCCGGCCCCGGCGCCGUCGCGCUCGCCGUCGGCGCAGUGUCCUUUUCCAGGCGGAACGGUGCUGUCCCGGCCUCUCUACUACACCGCGCCCUUCUAUCCCGGCUACACGAACUAUGGCUCUUUCGGACACCUUCAUGGCCACCCGGGGCCCGGGCCAGGCCCCACAACCGGUCCGGGGUCUCAUUUCAAUGGAUUAAACCAGACCGUGUUGAACCGAGCGGACGCUUUGGCUAAAGACCCGAAAAUGUUGCGGAGCCAGUCUCAGCUAGACCUGUGCAAAGACUCUCCCUAUGAAUUGAAGAAAGGUAUGUCCGACAUUUAACGCGGGCUGCGUCGGUCCCGGACUUUUCUAAUUUAUUAAAAACAUGGCCUUGGCAGUUAUUUUUCCAUCACCGAGAGAGAGAGACAGAGAGAGAAAAUAAACUACCCCUCCUAUUCAGAAGUUUAUAGUUUAUGGAGAUGGAUGACAUAAAAAUGUAAACAUCUCCACACACAAAAAAAGUCUUAACCAACCGAAAAGAAAAAAAAGGAUUUGUAUUAAAUCUUAUUCUGUAUAUUUAAUGUAGCAUUUUUGUAUUUAAAUUGAUAAUUCAAUAUCUUUGAAGUAAAUUAUAAAAUCAAGACACCUGUACAGGCAUUUAAUGUUUUUUUGUAAUAUAAAUAUAUACACUUGUGUUUCCCCCAAAACUGUUUCAUAGUUUAAAAAUACAAGUUUAAUUUAAUUUUUUACACCUAUUGAUUCUGCUGGGUAUGAGCUAAAGUAUUACAGAAAGGAAACAGGUUAUACUCUUAGAUUUAAAAAGUGAAAGAAACUGCAGGCGCCUUUGUAAAAUGCAAAAUAUUUAAUUAAAAGAGAUUUUAACAUAA